CCUCCCGCUCUUUUUUCCAACAAUGUCGUUAGGGAUUUUGUGGCGAUGGAGGUGGUGAGUAGUUCCGAGAGCCCGACGUCGUCCGCGAGUACGUCCACAGCCGCGACGGCGUCUCUGCCGUCAUCGUUGAAAUCCAGGCGGCCGAAAUAUUCUAGAUUCACGCAGCAAGAGCUUCCAGCUUGCAAGCCCAUGCUCACGACGGGAUGGGUGAUAUCGAUUUUCAUGGCUGUUGGUGUACUGUUUAUUCCACUUGGAGCCUGCGCUUUGAAUUCGUCCAAGAAGGUUGUGGAGAUCGUCGAUCAGUACGAGACUGUUUGCAUCCCUUCUGCUGGAACAAAAGAAGCACGGGUCCAAUACAUCCAGGACAUCUCCACCGCCAAAGCUUGCACUAGACAGCUCCUGGUCACUAAGAACAUGGCCCAGCCGAUUUAUGUCUACUACGAGCUUCACAACUUCUUCCAAAACCAUCGGAGAUAUGUAAAGAGCAGGAGUGAUCAGCAGCUUUUAUAUGGAAAUGCAAGCGAGAGCAGCAUGGCCAACUGCGAUCCACAGAGGCUCCUCGCUGGGAAGCCCAUUGUGCCGUGCGGGCUCAUCGCCUGGAGCCUGUUCAACGAUACAUACUCGUUCAAGCUCAACAGUGUGGCUCUCGCAAUCAACAGGAAGGGCAUCGCCUGGGACAGCGAUCGCAAAGACAAGUUUGGUGGCAGUGUUUAUCCUUCCAACUUUCCAAACAAUUAUCCCGCGGCUACAAACGGUAGCAUCAUUGGUGGAGCAAGCUUAGAUCCCAAUACUCCACUAAAUGCGAAUGAGGAUCUCAUUGUGUGGAUGCGAACUGCAGCACUUCCGGUGUUUAGGAAGCUGUGGGGGAAGAUUGAGCGCGAUCUCUAUGCCGGGGACUUGAUCACCGUGGACAUAAACAACGUCUACAAUGUCUACAGCUUCCACGGUAAGAAGAAGCUGGUCUUGGCAACCACAAGCUGGCUGGGAGGCAAGAACCAUUUUCUGGGAAUCGCUUAUCUCGUUGUUGGUGGCUUGAGCAUUGCGAUGGCGAUGGUAUUUGUAGGAAUUCAGAUAAAGUGUCCAAGGCCUCUCGGUGAUCCGAGCUACUUGUCAUGGAACAAGAACAAGGGUCGCGACUUAAACACGAGUCCAGCCACUGGAGUGCACUUUGAGGAGCGGUCGCUUGCAACAGGAAAUUGAGUGAUUAAAUCCUUUAUUUGCUAGUUGGAGUAACGCAAAUCUUUCUCAGUUGGAACCUUUUCGUGGUGGGGUUGCUCGCAUGAGUGAGCUAGAUUGCGACGAGCGGGAAAUUUGAGGCUCGAUCCUCUAGAGUGAGCAAUUACCGCAGGUAGUUCCUUUUGCAAAGCCACUACCAGAUCUAUCAGCUGGUGGAAGUCCAGAAGGAUGAAUUAUGCGACUUUCAUGGGUCCAAAUGUUGUGAUGCGUAAAAGCAAUUUCUUCUUCCUCAUUUGUCUCCUCAGAAGUAUGGGAGGGUUGAAAUACUGUUGUGUUUGAAUGAUGGUUUUAGCACAAGGUACAAUAAAGAGAAAAGUAGUU